GAAAGCUCUUCACGAAGGCACGGCAAACUCCUCAUCUCCUGUCACCAUGAGUUGCCUGAAGCUGCUGGUGGUGGGAUCCCUUCUUGUUCUCGGCAGUGCAAUUUUACCCUGCAGUGCCUUGGCACCAGACGAUGGCAGGCAGGCCCAUGCCGCUUGGCAAUCCAACUCGUUCCCACCAAGAAGCAGAUUUCCUCCACAGCCUGUUUCAAGCCCCCUGAACGUGACUUUUCUAGCUGAUGAGUCAGAAGCUUCAGCAACGCAAGCAAGCCCGGGGAUACCCCCAGUGGCUGACCAAACACCCCGGUCUAGAUUGUCAGCUGGCCAAACGACAGGCCACAUACUGGCAAAAGGGGCAGGCUUUGCUCCCGGGGUGACACCUGCAAACCCCACACAAACAACCAGUCAUGCUCUAACACCUACCUUGCUGAAAGCUGCAGGGGGAACGGCUGUGCAAUCGGAACCACUAACGGACCAAACCAGAGUCUAUACAGUCCUAAAACCUACAGCAGCGUCUCAAAAAAUAGCAUCAGACACCAGGCCUUCGCACAGUCGGGAAAGGACAGCUCAUCCAAGGCUAUCAACUACAGGAAAUGCCAAGGAUACAGGCGAGACCACCCACAACCAUGUCACUGUACAUUUGACGAACCUGACAACAAGCCCACAUACGGCACAUACAGGGGCCUGGAGGAAUGGGACAUCUGCUCGAGCAGGGAAUAAAACCACCACUCCCUUGCCAACAGCUCCACCCCAGCCCACCCUCUCGCCUAAACCAGCACCAGCUGCAACUGGGAAUUACAGUGUUCAGAAUGGAACUGCAGAUUGCAUUAAAGCCUCCCUUGGAUUGACAAUCAUCGUUCGAAACGGCGACACAAAGAAAACGGAGUAUCUUAACAUUGACCCAAAUGCCACACAGACAUCAGGAAGCUGUGGAAACCAGCUAUCCACCCUGAAUAUUACUUUCCGUGAUGGUUUCAUCCGCUUUACUUUCAAAAAGACUGCAGCUGUAUAUUAUCUCUAUGCGAUAGAAGCCAGUUUAAGGGUACCCUCCGAUGGUUUAUUAUACUACGGAAUUGUACUCCAGCUCUUCUCGGCUCCAAUGGGUAGCUCUUUUAAAUGCCUCAGCAAGCAAACCAUAAAUAUGGACACUAACUUUCAACUGCUGGCUGUGAAUACCCAACUGCAAGCCUUUGAUAUUGUCGGUAACCAGUUUGGGAAAGAGGAAGAGUGUGCUGUGGACAGAAACAAGAAAAUAAUCCCACUUACAAUAGGUCUCAGUGUGGCUGGAUUAUUGGUCAUUGCCAUCACUACCUGCGUGCUUUACAGUAAAAAGCCCAACAGAGGAUACGACCGCAUCUGAUUUACCAUUUUAUUGAAGAAUGUAUUCAGCAAGUAGGGUAGCCAGCCUCCAGGCAGGCCCUGACGAUCUCCCAGAGACAUAGCAAAUCUCCAGAUUUAUAGACGUCCGUUCCCCGGGAUAAAGUGUCUGCUUUGGAGGGUGGAGUCUAUGGUACUAUAACCAGCUGAAGUCCCUCCUCACCCUAAAUUCUUCACUCCUUAUUCUCUACCCCUAAAUGUCCAUGAAUCUCCCAACCCAUAGUUGGCAAACUCUAUCAGCAAGUGAGCUGCUUUUCUAAUUCUGUCUGCUUAUUUUGCAGUGGCAAGUUUUCUCUGUGGUAGUUCUGGUGGUAUUUUGCAGUGGCAGCUGCAGUGACCAAUACAACGUUGUACCUUUAAAGUUGCUUUUAUGCACACCUUUAAACUGACAGCCCAGGAUACUUAAUUUUAUAUUAAUAUCCUGAUUUCCGUGGAGCAGUGAUGCAUGUAUACAGCAAAAAAAAAACACCUUUUUCCAAGAGAAAUGAAGUAAAUUACAAUUAUUAAUAACUGUGCAAUAAAGAAAAUACUGCAGUAUAUUGCACCAAACAAUUUUGCUCAAACAUAUUGAAUUAUUUCAGGUUUUUGAGUAUCAUGUGUUAAGAGUAAAAUGCUGCAAAAUGAUCAGCGUAUUUAAGAGUCAGUACUCAGGAAGAGUAUGGGCGGAUAAAAAGGUGGGGCUAUGCCGUUGCAGCAUAGUGAAUGGGCUGAAAUUAGGAUGCAGGUAAGAAGGGGUAAAUCCCAACUUGCUCAAUCCAGAAACUGGAAUCUAUGAGCUUCCUCCCACUUGCUCCUGUGCCUUCACUGAACUUGUUUUCAUCUAGAUGUUGGGUGAUCUUGACCAUGUUUGUCCAAUGCCAGCUUGUGAAAUUCUUGGAGAUUCGGGGUGAAGUCUGAGAAGGGUAGAGUUUGCGGAGUCAAUGGGGAUGGGACAUCACUAGAACUUUUGUUUCUCCGAAAAGGCUGAACUCCAAAGAAGCUGUUUUCCCCAGGGGAGCUGAUCUUUGCAGUCCAGUGAUCAGAUGUAAUUCCAGGAGAACUCCAGUCCCCACCUGAAGGGUGGCCUGGAGGAUGUGUUAAUUUGAAUCACUGGAAAAACGAAUAUGGACGAAGACACAUUUUUUUUGUACUUUCCCCACAAGAAGAAUAAAUUAAGGUGUUCAUGAAUAGAAUCAGUAUUCUCUGUGUGUUCUGUGUGGUGUUUGUUAAAUAUAGGAAAUAUACAAUCAUUUAAUAUAAAUAUAUACUUAUUAAAGUGCCUGUGAAAAUCA